ACAUGCACACCAAAACACCACACACACAUAAACAACGUGUUCUUGUCAUUGCUCUAGACUAGACGUGAAUCACCUCAUCGAAGAUAGAUACAGUUGUCGUCGUCCUGCUGCACACACACGAACAACUAUUCAGUGGUAUUCUUUCUUGUGACUUGCUUUAGAGAUGGCUGACCCUGUAGUAAUUGUUUCAGCGGUUCGAACUCCAAUUGGUUCUAUCAAUGGAGAACUCUCCUCCCUCGCUGCAAACCAACUCGGAACAAUCGUCAUCAAAGAGGCUCUACAGAGGGCAAAGGUCAAUGCUGACGAUGUGUCAGAGGUCAUUUUGGGUCAAGUUCUCACAGCAUCCGAAGGGCAGAACCCAGCGAGACAAGCCAGUGUAAAUGCUGGGAUACCUGUUACUGUGCCAGCAUGUGGUGUCAAUAUGCUCUGUGGAUCCGGCCUAAGAUCUGUUGUUCUUGGUACCCAAGCUAUACAGUGUGGUGAUGCGACCGUUGUUGUUGCAGGUGGACAGGAAAGCAUGAGUAAGGCACCUCACGCUGUCCAUAUGAGAAAUGGUGUCAAGUUUGGAGACACUUCACUGGUAGACAUCAUGAUGUCUGAUGGUUUAGUCGACGCAUUCCAUAAAUAUCACAUGGGAAUCACAGCUGAGAAUGUAGCCAAGAAAUGGAACGUCUCAAGACAAGAACAGGAUGAGUUCGCCCUGACAUCUCAACUUCGAUGUGAAGCGGCGCAGACAAAAGGAGCGUUUGAUGAGGAGAUAGUGCCAGUAACAGUCACUCACAGAAAAGGGAGUACGGUCGUGAAGCAGGACGAGUUUCCAAGGAAAGGUUGCGUUCUCGAUAACUUUACAAAACUUCGACCAGCAUUCCUUAAAGAUGGUACAGGGACGGUCACCGCUGGCAAUGCAUCAGGUAUCAAUGAUGGAGCAGCUGCUUUCGUCCUGAUGAAGAAGUCUGAUGCCACGAAGCGAGGGGUUACUCCCUUAGCAUCCAUUGUCAACUGGGGUCAAGCAGGGGUUGACCCCAGCGUCAUGGGAACCGGACCAAUACCCGCCAUCAAGAAAGCUUUGGAGAAGGCUGGAUGGAGCAUCUCUGAUGUGGAUUUGUUUGAGUUGAACGAGGCUUUUGCUGCUCAAUCCCUGGCAGUAAUCAAGGAGCUCGGCUUAGAUCAGUCCAAGGUAAAUGUCAACGGGGGCGCCAUUGCUCUGGGUCAUCCAAUCGGAGCGUCAGGUGCGCGCAUUCUUGUAACACUACUGCACGCUCUAAAGCAGACUGGAGGGAAAAAGGGCGUGGCUGCGUUGUGUGUGGGAGGGGGUAUGGGAAUCGCAGUCUGUGUUCAAGUUUAAAAGAUCCAUUCCAACUUUUCUUAUGAUUGUGAUUAUUUAUUAAUUCAAUUUAUAAAAACAGAAUAUCAGAAUAUUUUCUCCAAGCUUCCAAUCCAAAUAGUUUUACCUUAUCCGGCAACUUGAAUUAAUAUGCUAAGUAUUGUUUUCUAAAGGCAAGGACUUGGCCCAAUUUCAUAGAGCUACUUAAGCAGAGGAUGCUUAGCAAUUUUCUGCUAUAAGUAAGAGGGGAAAUCAGUUCGCUGCGUUCGAAAUUCUUAGCUGUAGUCUUACAGGCCCAGAUAACGAAAACGAGAACGAUAAAAAUGCGCGCCCUCGAUUGGUCGAGAUGCUUCACGCAGAAUAUGCCCAUGCUUACUCAACCAAUCGAGGGCGUGCAUUUUUAUCGUUCUUUGUGACCAGGCCUUUAAAAAUUGGCAUUCAAGAUUCUGUACAUAUUAUGCGUUGGUCAUGUCAACAGGCUUCGUGUGUUGAGGCAAUAUAGUGGAUUGCGGCUACACAGGCAACUGUUUCACAGAAAAGUCUGGCUUAGCAAAAAACAGGUUACCAGCCAAAAUUAUAUUAGGUUUGCAAUUGCAUUAUGAGACUGGUGCUCCACAUUUUUUAUUUGCUUUGUGAAGCUGGGCCAUAGCAAGGAUUUUAAACCGCAUUCUGUUAAAAACAGAACUUACGUAUACUGCACUUGAUUGCUUGGCCACAACACCCCACACGUACAGUUGUUUGAUACUGUGGGAAUUUCCAAAACUGCUUAGUGCUUGCACUUUCUUGAGUGUGGCAAAUCAUACUCCUUUUUAACUUAAAAAAUAGAACCCAAUGAUCAAAAUAACAAAAUCUAAUAAAUUCAGGCUUAGUGACAAAAGUUUUAAAACGAGAAUGAUUUGUUUUCAGGGCUGUGCAAGUCAGUUUGAUCCUAGAUGAUUCAAAACUUUCCUAACUAUGACUUUUAAACUAUUUCUUUGAUCGGACCUGUUGAUUACAUUCUGCCAAAUUGAAUAAUACUAAAAGUUGUAUAUGCUGUCAUUCAUUUAACUACAUGCCUUUAUUGGUGUAUUUCAAGUGCCUUAAUAUUCAAACAUUUUAAUAAUGUUGCUUAAUUAAUUUUAAUAUAUUGUUUAAUUAAUUUUAACAUAUAACUGU